GUCCCGGGCCCCGCGGCGGCGGCAGCGGCGGCGGCGGCGGCAGGAUGAUCAAGCUGUUCUCGCUGAAGCAGCAGAAGAAGGAGGAGGAGUCGGCGGGCGGCACCAAGGGCAGCAGCAAGAAGGCGUCGGCGGCGCAGCUGCGGAUCCAGAAGGACAUUAACGAGCUCAACCUGCCCAAGACCUGUGAUAUCAACUUCUCAGACCCAGACGACCUCCUCAACUUCAAGCUGGUCAUCUGUCCUGAUGAGGGCUUCUACAAAAGUGGGAAAUUUGUGUUCAGUUUUAAGGUGGGUCAGGGUUACCCCCAUGACCCCCCCAAGGUGAAGUGUGAAACAAUGGUUUAUCACCCCAACAUCGACCUCGAGGGCAAUGUCUGCCUCAACAUCCUCAGAGAGGACUGGAAGCCAGUCCUUACGAUAAACUCCAUAAUUUAUGGCCUGCAGUAUCUUUUCUUGGAGCCCAACCCCGAGGACCCACUGAACAAGGAGGCCGCUGAGGUCCUGCAGAACAACCGACGGCUGUUUGAACAGAACGUGCAGCGAUCCAUGCGGGGUGGCUACAUCGGCUCCACCUACUUUGAGCGCUGCCUGAAAUAGGGUUGCUGCUCACCCCACCCCUGCCAGGGCCACUAGCCCCGGUGUCCCCUGCAAAUAUUUAUUGGGGGUCAUAGGUGGGGGAUGUGGGGCAGCCGGUGGGGGUUGUCCCCUGCCCUGGCCUUGCCUCCCCUCCCUGCCACCUGCCCCUUAUUAUUUUUUUUUUAAACCACCAUGUGAUUAAGGUCAGCGCUGCCUCUCCUGACCCACUCAGCAAUGGGAAAUGAAUUGGCUUGUCUAGCCCCCUGCUGGGUGCUAUCCAACCCCCCCCACUCUAAGCAUUGGGGUGGUUUGGCAAGAGGCUUGUGUAGCUGGGGCCUUGGCAUCCUACCCAUCAGCUACCAGAGGUCCCACCAGGCAAUUAAAGGGGAACGUUACUGCA